AUGCUUAAUCUUGAUCUUAGUCUUGCAGGUGAACACAAGUUGGCGCAGAUAAAUGCAUUGGAGGAGUUUAGACUGGACGCGUAUGAAAAUGCGCGAAUUUUCAAGGAAAAGACUAAAAGGUGGCAUGAUCGCCUGAUUAAGCCAAAGGAGUUUCAUGAAGGGGACAAAUUCUUACUGUACAAUAGUAGACUCAGAUUGUUCCCCAGAAAAGUUAAGUCUAGAUGGACGGGACCCUAUGUGGUGAAACAUGUAUCACCAUAUGGAGCAAUUGAGAUACAGAACCAGGACGAAAUGGAAAGUUUCAAAGUGAAUUGGCAUAGGCUAAACCGUAUCUUAUUGGAGGAUUUGCUCAGCAAUAUUCGAGCAUCAAAAUCAGUUGAGGAUUCCCAGUUGAGUCAAGCUGACGACUAUAACUCAGAACUACUUCUAACUCUUCUAUUAGUAAGAUUUUUCACUUUUGUUUAUAGCAGAAUAGAUAAAAAUUAG